AUGAUCAAAGAAAGUCAUAUGCAACCAAAUGUGUUCACUAAGUUUUGUGGAGGAACUAUUGUAUCACCUCGACAUGUAGUAACUGCUUUUCAUUGUUUUCCUGAUGCUAAUUACUUCAGUGAUGUACGAGUUAUGGUUGGGAGACAUGACGAAGAAUCCACCCCAGGUACGCCAUAUGAGGUAGACGGUGCUGGGCUGUUGGAUGGGGAGUUACACAUGGUAUACUGGAUCAGAAGAAAAACUAAAACAAGUAAAACUCCAGGUCGCAAGUGCAAAAGAGUGUCAAAAAAUUCACACGGCUAUAGCACUGCGACCGAAGACAUGGUAUGGUCUUUGCAAGAGGAAUAUACUGUUUGCGCGGGUAACGUUGUUGGACAGGAUACUUGCCAGGGAAACAGCGGCGGGCCAUUCCUUUGUGACGAUAAUGGCCAAUGGACUUUGUAUGGAGCGACAAGCUGGGGAUUAGGAUGUGCCAGAGGAAUGUACGGCGCCUACGCUUCAAUAGCAUAUUCAACCGAGUGGAUAUGCUGUUAUAUGGCGGAUAUACAUAGUUGUUUAGAAGUUGACUGUGAUCCAUGAAUUCUGCAGUAAAUGCGGUGCUGUUUUAAUAAAUAUUUCUAUGCAUUCUUAUUUUUUCAUACAAAUAAAAUUGUGUAAAUAGUACAAAUAUUAGAAAAAAUAAAAGAAAUGAAACGCAAGUUAUAGUGUAAUAGAUAUUAUUGGAAGUUCCGAGUUUCGUAUAUCUAUACUACUGAUUAAAUUAAAAGAGUGUCAUGGUAUUAUGUAUGUGCCGGUGAACGUGGAGAAACCCUUUCGUUAUCAUAAAAUUAUCGUUGCGAUUUCACAAACCCGACUUUACAUUAGCCGGACGGAUUUUAACAUAUUUUAGAAGCCUGUAAACAGGAAUUGAUGAGAUGUCACAAAGGAGUAACAGCGACGCCGCCAUCAUUUUUGCUAACAAGAUUAGAAAUGACUAUAACAACGGAAUAUAAAGAAAAGAAUCCAUUCGCAUCUGUUAAGAGUUCAUGACCAACAAUGUAGUUCAGCAAUAACGAAAUGUAUGCAUGUUCGUGAACAUUGCGCCUAGACUAGAUAAAUUCAAAUUUAUAACUAAUAUUUAAACACAUGAGUAUGUUCGUCGAUCGCUCCACGGAGAUGUGACUGACCAAUUAUGAUUUUUAAUUUGUCUUGGAUUAUAGGUGGAUAUAAAUAUUUAAGCGUGUUUUGGUAUUCAAACUUUCGCAUAUUUCACUUAUAAUGGUAAGAAGAACAAAACAGUGCCAUUAUAAUACAGCACAAAAUAAUCUAGAUGCAUUAGCUUCAGUGA